ACCCUUUCCAUUCGUGCCUCACCCGAAGGUCUCGUUUCUUAUCGUCUCUUCACCUUCUAUGCUUCCUUCCUUCGUCUUCCUCGGUGAUCUAGAAGAAAGCCCCAACCCUAGAAUUUCUUAUCCGUGUUGGAGGCCCGCCUAGCUUCUUAAUAGAUCUGCGUCGUGGUCGCCGCCUUCGUGCUUUGGUGGAUCCUAUGAACGCGACCAAGUUCAUGGACAAGCAAAUCACGGAGCUGUCCGGAACAUCGCAGGCGCCCGGCGAGUUCUUCGACUUCGUCAAUUCUCAGGAGGACCGCCGGGUCAACGGCGUCGCUGGUGGACGAAGUGUCAAGCAGGAGCAGCAGCAGGAGUCCGAGAUCCUCCCGAGCUAUGACUUUCAUCCCAUUCGGGCCGUAGGAUCCGCCUCGCUUUCCAUCGCCGGCGGUGGCGGUGGCGGCGGCGGUCCCAGUGACUCAUGGCCCUCCUGGGGCUCCAUCGACUCCAAGUUAGCCUCCUCCAAUCUUAAAAAUGCUGGUGUUCUGGAGUCCCAUGAAUUAACAAAAACUAGCCAUGAGAAAGAGAAGAGCGCUCAUGAUAUUGCUUUUGUUGCUGAGAUCGAUCACACUGUGAAAAGAUAUGCUGAUAAUUUGAUGAACGCUUUGGAAGGUCUUAGUUCAAGGCUGUCCAAAAUUGAGAGUAGAACUCACCACAUGGAAAAUUCUGUGGAUGAGCUUAAGGUGGCUAUUGAAAAUAAUAACGGAAGCACAAAUGGAAAACUAAAGCAAAUUGAGAAUGUUCUUAAAGAGGUACACUCCAGUGUGCAAAUUCUGCAGGAUAAGCAACAGGUGACAGAGGCACAGCUGCACCUUGCACAGCUAAUAACUUCUGAGGGAGAUCAGCAGCUGCCAGAAAAUUCAAAGACUGGAGAUUCAGAUUCUCAACAACACGAGUUACCUCCACCACAACAGCCCGUCCAACAACCCUAUCAACGCCCUGUUCCACAGGCACAACCAACUGUGCUUCCUGCUCCACCACCUUUACCACAACAAAUCCCACCUCCCCAGAUACCCCAAUUGCCUCAAUCUCAAAUUCUUUCUCUUCCAUCUGUACCACAAGAAUUCCGUAUCCAGGCAGCACCACCUCCUCUGCCGCCCCAACCGCAGCAUUAUCAGCCCUCUUUGCAGCAUCCACAAUAUUCCCAGUCACCCCAGUCGCAGCAACCUGUAAGUCCCUCGCCACAGCUGCCACCUGCAAUGUCCCGGCACCCUGAAGAAUCUGUACCAUAUAUGUCUCCACCUUCUAGCUAUGCUCCAAGCAUCCGCCAACCUGCUCCUUUUCCUCAGCCACUGACUGCACCCCCUCAACAGUUUUAUGGCCCCAUGCCCAAUAUGUAUGAACCACCUGCAAGCAAACCAAGCUCAGGGCUGCCACCUUUUUCUUCUGGCUAUAGACCACCAGUAGGUCCUGGUUACCAUGAUUCAUAUGGUUACAGUGGAUUGCCUUCCGGUCAAAGCAGCUCUGCGUCAAAACCUUUGCCUAUUGCGUCCUCGGUCUCAUCUGGUGGAACAAGCAACUAUCCACGACUCCCAACAGCCCAGAUCUUACCACAGGCUGCACCAACUAGCUCUGCUUCAGGUGGUUCUUCAGGGACUAGAGUGGCGAUUGAUGAUGUGGUGGAGAAAGUUGCCACCAUGGGGUUCUCGAGAGAUCAAGUCAGGGCAACUGUAAGGAAGUUGACUGAGAAUGGACAGUCAGUUGAUCUAAACGUGGUGCUUGACAAACUCAUGAAUGAUGGAGAGAUUCAGCCUCAGAAAGGUUGGUUUGGUCGGUGACUGUUUGCCAAAUCUUCAUAUCAUCUGCGUAUAUAGUGAUUUUGUGAACCUUCUUGUCUCCAUCCUUGUGUCACCAGAUUGAGUGGUUUGAGAAGACUCAGAUUCUAUUGCUUUUAUUGGAUUGCAUGUUUCCUUCUAUUGAAUCUGUGGAGGCCCCUGAUGACUUUUAUAUAGAUUGAUCAUGUCUUGAAGGAAUCUUCAACUGCUCCAGGACCUCAAGCUGCUGUAUAUAAUAUAUUUUGUGGUUGUACUUUUCGGCAGUGAAUGUUUGAGUUGUUGUCUUGGAACUAUGACAUAGGAGACCAAUCAAGGUGAUAUCCAUGGCACAUUUAGACGGUGUUUCUUGUUUACCUAAAACA